GACCCNCUGGCUAGGUUGUCUGGGAAAGGCAGGAGAUUGUGAAGAGCUUUCCAUAGGAACAGUCUGAUUUUAGGGAUUUGAAGUUUUGACCAGGCCAUUUUGCACAAGAGAGAGGAGGGCUUAGCUUCCCUCCAAGAGUUAUAAGCAAGCUUGAAGGAGAAUGGAUUCCCCUCCCACAUUUCUGUCCCAGAGAUGGUAUGAACAUGCUCAAGAGCCCAGUUGUGUAUACGGGCUGCUCUUUUCCAGAUUUUUGACGAAUAAGCAGCUUCAAUAUCCUCCAAAUGCCUAAUCCCAAGUCCUCCUUCGCAUGUGGGGAAGCAAACAUUUCUCCAGGACUUCCAGUGAUAUUUGGGUUUCCCAUCUUUGUGUCCCUAAAGAAAAUUCUCCAUCAUCUUGUUGAGUGUGUUGUGAAUGGAUUUGGGCAUCUGUUGGACCGCUAGAAUGUGUAAUGGGAUAGAGCUUAGAACGUGCUUGAUGAGGAUUAACCUGCCCAUUUGGUUGAGGACCUUGCUGUGCCAAGUGUUAAGGAGAAGACCACCUCUUCUGGUGGUUAAGAAUUUCCUAACUCGGCUGGGUUUCUCUGGAGGGUUCACAGUGGGAGAACUCUUUACCAACAACUUCCUCAUCAAUUUCGAGCAGGACGAAGACUACCAAAGGUUUUUCUAUCGUAAGGUUUGGACCAUUGGUAAAGACACCAUGUCUGUUACCAAAUGGUCUCUAACCUUAACCCAAGAAGAAGAUUCACCUAUUGUUCCGGUCUGGAUUUCCAUCCCUAAUCUUCCAAUUCACCUUCAUCAUCAAUCUGCUCUUUUUAGCAUUGCCUCCAUGUUGGGGACUCCUUUGAAAAUGGACAAUGCUACUCUUAACUUCUCAAGGCCCAAGCUUGCUAGGGUCUGUGUAGAAGUUGAUGUUUCGAAGACGCUCCACCAACGCAUUCAUGUCAAACACAAUGAUACUGAUCUUUUCUUCCAGGAGAAAUUUAUUCUCUUGGAUCAUUUUGAGCAAAACCAGGUUUCUCACUUCAUCAUGAAGGUUUUCCAAGAUGAUUCAACCUUUGUCCUUAGUGGGGUGUAUGGAGGACAUUCAGUGGUUUGUAGGAAAGGACUUUGGGAGGAAAUCAAGACCUUUAAUAACUCCAAUUCUCUUCCCUGGCUAAUAGGAGGAGACUUCAAUGCCAUUUUAGAUAUCCUUCACCACCAUGGGAAGAAGCUCCCUGACUUGGAAAGUGUGGAGGACUUCAAUUCCUGUAUUAAAGACUGCAAUCUUCUUGAAAGUAAUUUCACUGGUCCAGUAUAUACGUGGCAUGGAACUAGAAGUAAUGGCAAUGUGUGGAGGAGGUUAGACCGGAUUUUUUUCAAUGACAGAUGGAACAAUCUUUGGACAGAUAUCUCAAUGAAACAUCUUUCAAAGCAAGGCAGUGAUCAUUCUCCCAUUCUAAUCUCCUCCAAAACUUCAGCAACUUCAGCCCCAAAGUCCUUCAGGUUUCAAAACAUGUGGCUGCUUAAUAAGGACUUCAAGAAUUUAUGUAAAUCCUGGUGGUUAGAAAUCCCUUAUUAUGGAGGAAUGAAAUGCCUCUUCCAUAAACUGAGCCACCUUAAAUCCAAAAUUGCAUCCUGGAAUAAGGAACAAUUUGGAAAUAUUUUUGACCUGUUGAAAGAAGCUGAAGAAGAGGCCUCUACAGCUGAAAUUAACUAUGAGAGGGAACCUACAGAGGCUAAUAGAGAAAUUGUCAAUCUGAAAAAAGCUCAACUUUUGCAGGUUGGAAAUUUGGAACAUAGCUACUGGAAACAAAAAUGUAAUCUCAAGUGGCUUAAAGAAGGUGAUGCUAAUACCAAAUUUUUUCAUAAUUUGGUCAAAGAGAGAAGGAGACAGCAAAAAAUCAUGGGCUUAAAAGAUGAUCAAGGGAAGUUUCAGGAGAAUCCAACAGUCUUAGAAAAUAUGGUUACUUCACACUACCAUAAACGGUUCAACUAUGAGGAACCUGCCCCCUCAUCUCAAGAUUAUGAUGCUUUCUUGUCCAACACCCCAAAAAUUUUAGAUCAACAUCAUAACCAGGAGCUGUUACAUCUCCCUUCAGAAGAUGAAGUCAAAGCCACCCUUUUUGAUAUGGAAGCCAACUGUUGUGCUGGUCCUGAUGGAUUUAAUGUCAACUUCUUUAAAGAAUGCUGGGAAAUUGUGCACAAGGAGGUCACAUCUGCCUGUCAGGAAGUUUUCUUGGGCAUCCCACUACCUGUAGCUGCUGCAAGUACCAAUAUUUGUCUUAUUCCCAAAUGCGAAAAUGCCUCUAGACUCAAUGACUUUAGGCCGGUUUGUUUAUCAACUGUGGCCUCCAAAAUUGCUACAAAAUGCGUUGCCAGAAGACUUAGCAAAGUGCUUCCUUUGAUCAUCUCUGAAGAGCAAGGGGCAUUUGUUGCUGGAAGGGAUAUCAUGGUGGAGCAGAUUCUUCUCACUAAAGAAAUGGCUCAUAACAUUGAUACAAAGGCUGAGAGUGGUAACAUUAUCAUUAAAUUAGAUAUGGCCAAAGCCUUUGAUAAGUUAAAAUGGUCCUAUCUCAUUGAUAUACUUCAAAGGUUCGGUUUCUGCCCACAAUUCUUAACUAUGAUCAAAUGCCUCCUUCAUGCAUCCAAAUAUUCCAUUUUUCUCAAUGGGAAACCUUGUGGUUUCUUUGGCCAAACUAGGGGAAUUAAACAAGGGGACCCCCUCUCCCCCCUCCUCUUUAUUAUUGCUAAUGAAGGCUUCUCCAGGAAUAUUAAUUAUCUGUUUCAAACUGGCUCCUUGGGUAGAUUCAACUGUGGCAGAAACAGCAUUCCUGUUACCCAUUUGGCUUAUGCAGAUGACCUCGUAAUCUUCACCAAUGCUCAUACCAGAUCUGUUAGCAACUUGAAGAAAUUCUUGACUAAAUACCAGCAGGUUUCUGGUCAAACUAUUAAUUCCUCUAAAAGCAGCUUUAUGGUUGGGAAAAAAUUUAAUUCUCUGAGGAUAAGGAAGCUGGAACAACUGUUAAACAUGCCACAUAGAAAACUUCCUUUUUCCUACCUGGGCAGCCCUAUCCAUUCUGGCAUCACAAGGAAACAACACUGUACAAGGUUGAUAUCUUCCUUUGAAAAGAAACUAAAUGGAUGGUAUCAAAAGAACUUGGACCAAGCAGGUAGGUUAAUCCUGAUUAACCAUGUCCUUAAUACCAUCCCUAACUACUUCUUGGCUGCAAACACUCUCCCAAAAACCAUCACCAACCUUCUCCAUCAGAAAAUGACAAGUUUCUGGUGGGGUGGUGGCAAGAAAAAUCAUCAUUGGCUGAAAUGGGAGACUCUUUCCUUACCAAAGAAAGAAGGGGGAAUAGGCACAAGAGAUUUCCAUGCUUUAGAGGAAGCCUUUAGUCUCAAAUUAUGGUGGAAAUUCCAUCAUAAUAACAGCCUUUGGGGGAGGUUCAUGAAGGCUAAAUAUCAAAGAAAUGGGGAGAUGGAAUGUCACUUAGUGGACUCUCCUAUCUGGACCAGGAUCUCCAGGAUUAACACCAAAGCUCUCAAUCACUGCCACAUAACUGAAGAAGAGAGUUUUAUUUGGAAUGAAGAUCAAACCAGGGAUUUCACCCUUGGGAGUGCCUAUGAGAUUUGCAGGCCUAAAUCUAACCCUUCCUUUGCGUUUCAAUGUAUUUGGGAAUCCCCAAAAAAAUCUAAGAUAAGCAUCUUCAUGUGGAAACUUUUACGCAAAUGCCUCCCAAUCCCUGAUAAUCUUAGAAGGCUGGGUUUUUCUCUUCCUUCUAUGUGUCCUUUCUGCAGGAAUUCAAGCCUCUCAGCGAAACACUGCCUGAUUGAUUGUGAUAAGAUUGUUGAUAUAUGGAGAUACUUCGCUGGCUGCUUAAACUUCCUUCAUACAGAAUCACCCACUAUCAACCAACAUUUUAUGAACUGGUGGUUGAGGAACACGCCUAAUCUUUAUGGUCUACUUCAAAAAGAUUUACCAGGAAUCAUUACUUGGCACAUCUGGAAGAAGAUGAAUGAGAUUAUUUAUGGGGACUGUCACAUUAUUAAUGUUCAAAGCCUUAUUCAUCAGGUUGCUUCUUAUACCAAACAAUGGCUAUCCAUCAAGACUCUCCGGAAACUUCAACAUUUUGAUUCCUGGCUGUUCAAUCAUAAUCUUAUUCCCAGGUUCACAACCAACAACUCAGUCCGCAUGGUUAAAUGGAUGGCUCCUCCUAAAGGGAGACUUAAGCUAAAUGUGGAUGCGUCCUACACUAUAAAACAACAGAGAGGGGCGGCUAUCUUAAGAGAUGCCGAAGGAAGAUUGGUUCGAGGGGCCUCUUUCAAGCUAAACACUAAGAGCGCCUACCAAGCUGAGGUGGAAGCUGCUAUUAAGGCUAUUAAAUGGGCUCUCCAGAUUUCCAAUUCAUUGGUUUUUGAAACAGAUGCAAGGUCUAUUAUUUCCAGAAUCCCUAAGUUUAAAUAACACUCAAGGUCUUCUUUCCAAAUUGACAUUUUGGGUCAAAUUAAACUCCAAAAUGGGAUCCAGGUUUCUCAUAUUCUCCGGGAAGGGAAUUCGGUGGCGGACGCUCUUGCAAAGGUGGACAGGCCUAAUGACUCCCCUUUCAUAGAAUAUUUACAUAUUAACCUUUGCCCGGAUGUUGUUAAAAAUAAUGUGUAUCAUGAUUGUAACCCUUCUUUCCGUUUUCAUUAAUAAAACUUGAUUUCUUUG